GGUCGCUUACGCACGGUUGUUUUGAGCGAUCAGCAUGUGUAAAGGUAGAGCUCCUGUCUGGGCUGAUAAACUAUAAUGAUAUGGGUUCAUGCAACGGCAAAUUUCUCAGUGGACUGAGUUUUGAAGGCAUGACGCUUAUGUUGACAGACAAGUCACCGGAAAGCCAUUUACAGCGUUUGUCCCACAAGGCACCAGUCAGCCGUUCGUAAAUUGAAAGUUACCCGGCGAGGCAUUAAUACAGCUAAUCAAACUUAAACUGCGGCAGAACAGACAGAUUGAGGAGUAGACUGACAUUUCCUAUCAGGAAGCUUAUUUUGUCAGAAAGCGAUCUAUCGCUGAUACAGUCGCCCUAAUCUGCAACUAAGCAUGCCCUUUCUUCUGGAUUUUUCUGCUGUUGUAAAGUAAGGCAACAUCUACGGAUUCUUGAUCCAUCGGAGCCGUACCUGUCUCGAGGCAUCAUGACCCUGUCAGAUCUUCUGAAUAGUUUGAAAGACAACCCUUACUUUGGGGCUGGAUUUGGACUGGUUGGAGUAGGGACAGCAUUGGCAGCAGCCAGGAAAGGAGCCCAAAUUGGGAUGAUCUUCUUCCGCAGGCAUUACAUGAUAACGCUUGAAGUGCCCAGCAGGGACAAAAGCUACCACUGGUUGUUAAGUUGGAUCACCAAGCAUGCCCGGCACACUCAGCACCUGAGUGUUGAGACUUCCUACUUGGCUCAUGAAAGCGGAAGGGUCCACACUCAAUUUGACUUCCAUCCCAGUCCCGGAAACCAUAUCAUCUGGUACGGAAGGAAAUGGAUCAGGGUGGAGAGGACCAGAGAAAAGCAAAUGGUGGAUCUGCAUACAGGAACACCAUGGGAGUCAGUCACCUUUACUGCUUUGGGCAGAGAUAGACAGAUCUUCUUCAACAUCUUACAAGAAGCAAGAGAACUUGCCCUGAAGCAGGAGGAGGGACGGACGGUGAUGUACACAGCCAUGGGUGGAGAGUGGAGGCCCUUUGGGUUCCCACGGCGACGCAGACCCCUGUGCUCUGUGGUCCUGGAGGCAGGCGUGGCAGAAAGAAUUGUAGACGAUGUGAAGGAGUUCAUUGGAAACCCAAAGUGGUACACAGACAGAGGAAUCCCCUACAGAAGAGGAUAUCUGCUCUAUGGACCCCCUGGUUGUGGAAAAAGCAGUUUUAUCACGGCACUGGCAGGUGAGCUGGGCUAUAGUAUCUGUCUGAUGAGUCUGAGUGACCGAACACUUUCAGAUGACCGUCUGAACCACCUGCUGAGUGUAGCACCGCAGCAAAGCAUAAUUUUGCUAGAAGACGUUGAUGCAGCCUUCGUCAGCCGAGAUCUGCUCCCCACAGAAAACCCCCUGGCCUACCAGGGAAUGGGAAGGCUGACCUUCAGUGGCCUGCUCAAUUCAUUGGAUGGAGUGGCUUCGUCUGAGGCCAGAAUAGUUUUUAUGACCACAAACUUCAUUGACAGGUUAGAUCCAGCUCUGAUCAGGCCUGGCCGCGUGGAUCUGAAGCAGUAUGUCGGCCACUGCAAUCAUUGGCAGCUCACCCAAAUGUUCCGACGGUUCUACCCAAAUGAGCCGGUCAACGUGGGGGAACGUUUCGCCAAAUGUACUUUAUCUGCCCAUUCUGAGAUAAGCGCUGCCCAGGUCCAAGGACAUCUAAUGUUGUACAAACUGGACCCUGUAGGCUCCAUAGAAAAUGUUGCUAGAAUGAAAGAGUUCUGAGACAGAUGAAUGAUUUCCACUUGGCAUGAUGAAGAG